AUGCACUCCAGCUCCAGCGGGGAGCUCGAGACCCAACGUCCCGUGUGUCGCAUCUGCUGGGAGAACACGUGCGAGGUGAACGGCAGCGAGGAAUUUCUAUCGCCCACGCCUUGCUCGUGCAGGGAUGAGCGCUCGAACGUCCACCAGGCGUGCCUAGAGCGAUGGAUUCUCGAGGCGAGGUCCCAGGGUAGGUUCGACGCGGGCACAAUCUGCCACGCGUGCGGAGAUCACUACUCGCACCCCGCGCUCUCCCUCACCGUCCUCUCCGACGAAGCCGUGCGCGACGCCAAGAUCUCCACCGCCUCCGGUGGCGGAGAGGGCGUCGACCACAGGGAGCCCCUCGCCAUCAUCGGCGGCACCGGGUACGUGGGUAGAUCCUUGGCGCUCCACCUCCUCGGCCACCCCACGUUCAGGCUCGGCGCCAUCGUCGGAUCGUCGGCCACCGUCGGCAAACCGUUCAGCGCGGUGUUUGAAAAAAAAGAAGAGGCUCUCGCCGAGCACUACGGCGCCGACCUGUGGAAGCCGAUGGAUUUCCCCACGGAGCUCAUGUCCGCCAGGGUGUGCGGCGUGGAGGACGUCAUCGAGCGCGGCGAGUGCCGCACCGCGCUCUCCUUCAUCGCCCCGGAGCACGGUGAGAUUGAGGACAGGCUCGCGGCGGCGGGCAUCAAGGUCUUCUCCAUCUCUCCCCACGCCCGGUUCGACCCGUCCAAUCCGCUCUCCGUCCCCGAGGCUAACCCGGAGGUGCUCAAGGACGCGGUGGACAAGGCCGCCGGCGAGGGGUUCGAGGGCGACUGCCACAGCCUGGUCAAGUCUCCGAACUGCGUCACCUGCGGCGUGGUGGUGGCGCUCAAGGCGCUGGACGCGGCGUUUGGAGUGGAGGAUGUCUCGGUGACGACGUUUCAGUCUCUGAGCGGCCGCGGCGACGCCAAGUACCCGAGGGACGUGGUGAUGGGUAACGUGUACCCGCUUCACGGGACGGUGGAGCGCACGGGAGAGUACCAGCACGGCGAGCUGAAGAGGAUCAUGCCCGACGUGAAGAGGGUGUCCGUGGCGGCGUACCGGGUGCCGGUGCAGAGAGGGCACCUCGUGGACGUGAGGGUUCGGUUCAGGUGCGAGACGAAGCCCACGGCGAGGGCCGUGGAGCGCGCGUUGUCCUCGUUCGACCCCUUACGGGACGUUCCGCUGCCCAGCAAGCCCAGACGGGUGAUCUACGUGAAGCCGCUGGACGAGGAGGAGACGGGGCCGAGGAUCGGUACGCCCCGGCCCAAGGAUGAUCACGAGUACGAGGGCGGGAUGAGCGUCUGCGUGGGUAACGUGGUGUGCGAGGACGAGCUGUACGACGUGAGGUUCUGCCUGGUGGUGAACAACGUGGUGCGAGGGGCGUGGGGCGCGGCGCUGCUCAACGCCGAGUACUGGCACUGGCUCAAGGGGAGGAAAACCGCGGCGCCCGGGGAGGAACCGGCUGCCCCCUCAGCCGCGGCUCGCAUCGAGUGCUGAUAGACUGCAUCUUUGAGUCGUCGCGACAAACGCAGACUGGUGAAUGAAUGAAUGAAUGUUUUCGUGUUGACAUGACGUUGAAA